AUGGAUUCCAUUUUUGUUCUUGUAUCCAUUGGCAGCAAGCAUCAUUGGACUGGUAAUAUACCUACCAUGGAGUUAUCUGUUUCUGGAGCUGUGAUUUACAACAGCUUAAAGCCGCCUGUCCUGCAAAACCUGGCACAGUUAAUUGCUGGAGUACAUACAGAACUGAGCAAGGUUCUAUAUAAAAGGCUUGAUCUUGGCAAUUGUGUUGGUCCGUUUCUAAAGGAGAAGUUUCCUGAAUUGGUCCUAAGUUCUCUCUCAUUCAUGGCCUCCACUGUGGAAAUGCAACCAUCGUAUACUCCCAGGAAACAAGAUGACUCAGAUUUCAAUUUGACAGAAUGGGGAGUGAAGGGUAGAAUCAGUAGAGAGAACAGCAAGUCCAGAAGGUACUCAGCAUCAUAUAUAAGAAGCUUUAGAGAAGACACAAGGUCUUUUAGAUCAAACAUAACCAUUUCUAGCACUGCUUCUUCACCUGGAUACCCUUUAAAAGAUGAAAUAGACCCUUCAACCUAUUCCUUCACCACUGCUCUUAAAGCAUUACAAGCAAGAUCAGCCUAUAAAAGUUGGGAGUGCCUAUCUCCAGAAGGGUUUGCCUUGAAUUCAAAGUGGAAUGAAGCAGAAAAAUACAUAUGCAACCCCUUUUCAGGGGAGGUACCAUUGGAGUGUUUAUCUGCGAAAACUCUCAGUGGAAGAUCAUUCAGAAAUUCAACAACAAACAGAAUUACCAUGUCUGCCCCUCUUGUCUAUUCCUCAAGACAAAUGCAACCAAAGCCAUCAUCAACUUACAAUAAUUGCACACAAGAAGAAGCAGCUCUUCAAUUUCACAUUCCAGAAAAGGGAAAAGAGGGAAUGACAAGAGAUGCAGGUACUCAAAGUACACCUUAUCUUAGUUCAUGCAACCCCAGCACUGAUUUAACUCCAUCCAUCAUAAAGAGACCAAUAAAGAUAUCUGAGGACUCUCUAAAUUCAAACACCAAAACCAUCACUGAGGAAGAGGUGGAAGUGAAGAGGGAUAAAAAGGCAACAACAACAUGGGACACAACAAAGGAAAGAGUGAAUGUGAAGAGAGAUGAAGAAGAGAAAGUUUGCAUGCAAGGUGGAGGGUGCUUUUCAUGGAUAAGGAAGAAAAGUGAGAGAGAGAAAGAGAGGCAAAAAAAGGAUACCAUGUUUUUCACUCACUUCAAAGUUUGCUAG